AUGGAUCGAUUCGCCGAGCAGUUGUUCGGGCGUCCAGCCAAGGACACCAAGUACUCGUCCCGAGACAAAGACGGCCCCGGCUUCAUGGAGUCCAUCGCCAGAACCUUUGUCGCAUCCGCUGCCGACCGAGCCAUGGGCCAGAUAAACGGGCAACGCGGCCGCGGCGGCGGGUUCGACCACGAAGACUUUCGCUCGCUGGGAGGGUUCGUGCUGGAGAUGAUGAACGGCGGGGACGACGGCGACAGACAGCGCAAGAAGAGCAAGAAGCGGCGGCAUUCGGAGCGGGAGACGACUCGCGAUGUGCCCCGUGAGAAGGAGAGCGCCCAGGAUCCGGGCUACGGCGGCGAGCCACGCAAACGCCGGCGUGGCCAUCGUCUCUCCGGCAGUCCGCUGCACGUCACCUUCGCCGAGCCGCUGCAGGACUUCGACUACCCUCCGGUGCGCAAACGACACCGCCGCCGACACGAAGACAUCUACGAGCCGGACCCGCGGCCGUCGCGCUCCGACUCGCACCGCAGCCGCCGGCGCUCGCACGAACGCCGCUCGCGCCGCCGCCACCACGCGCGGGUCGACCUGCACACGCUCAAGUCGGAGCUGGAGGACAUGUCGAGCACCAUCAUCGGGCUGAACGCGCGCAGCACCACGCACCUGGACUGCGAGUUCUACGACAAGUUUGCGCGCAAGGGCGGCCGCCUGCAGGACGCCAUCGGGAGCACGCUGGGGCAGAUCCGCGAGCUCGACGGCGGCGCCUCGGAGGACGAGGAGCGGAGGGAGCGCAAGAGGCGGCGCAGGGAGCGCAGGGAGCGCAGGGAGCGCAGGGAGAGGUGGUGA